UCACUUAGCACCUCGCAAAUUUCAAUGCAAACCGCUUACUGCGCUUAUUAAUAAUAAAUCUUCGCUCAACUAUCUUCAAACGAACAUGCACAUAGCCAGCGAGCUGCAAGAAUCAGAACAGCUUGACUUAACACUGAUAGCAAAAGAACAACGACCAGUUAAAACUACAAAAAUGAUCGCUGAUACACAACCGGAGGUGAGUAGCGCAAAGCCUAGUGUGCGCUUUGGCAUCUCGCGCAGUCAGGAAGAGGAGUCUAAGUCCACACUUUUGGAGGUGGAAACGCCAACGCACUUCGGACGCAUUUCCCCACUGCUCUCCACCAAUCUGCGCAGUUAUGGUGCCGGCGUACCUGACAUGUCUGGCGCCACCACUAACACCAUACCGCGCGCCACCAAUUUACGCUUGAAAUUUCGCAAAAGUCACACUUGUGGCAGCCUUUUCGCCAAUUGUAAUUGCAGCAGUCCACCCGCAAUGCCGCCAACGAUACAUGCUGCCGGCAGCGGUGGCAGCAGCGGCAGUACGUCACAAAAUUUGAAUGCGCAGCGCUCCAGUUAUGCGACCGCGCCUUGCAUGUUCAACUUUUCGAUAUCACCCACAAACGCGGACCUCUCCAGCCAAAGCGCCUCCACGCAGCACACAUCGAGCGGCUUCUAUUCGCUCUCCACGCAAACAUCGUCCGCUACAUCGGCACAACUGUCGCGCGAUGAGAGCAUGAACGUCAGCUUCGACUGGUGCGGCAGCCAUGGGGGCGAGGGGCGCUCGAACAGUCUCGACAGCGGUGUUAGUGCUAGCGGUGGACAGUCAGCAACACUGCCGCUUCGCAAGCACAGUCCAGUCAGCUUUCGACUCGCAAGCGUUACGGAGAACGAGCACGCUACAGCAGAGCAAACGCGCACCGCCACAGCAAAGUCAUUACAAGUGCCGGGCACUGCUACAAUUACAGACGCCGCCGUAGUUGCGCCGGUAGUGACCGCGGCGAUCUCGCCAACCAUAACGCGUAAAAACGAACGCAAAGCCAAACGGUUCUUUCAGUCCUAUUCGCAUCCGGACACGGAUUACAUCUUCACCGAUGAGAAUAAGAAACCGUCGCGUGAAUCGCUCAUACAGAUACAUGUGCAACACCAGCAAGAGCCGGUCAUAAAGACACGUGACGGCAAAUUGGAAUUCAAACAACCAAAACGUUCGUCCUCACCAAAUAUAGGUCAGUACCAAGUGUUGGACGUAGCAGUACAUCCUGACAUCCUUGUGAAAAUUUCACCGAAACACUCGCCAGUACCGGGAGCGCACUACCAAGCGCCAUCACCGCAAGGUACACCACGUUCGGCGCAACAACGACGUCGGUUACUGCAACGGUCACACGAAAUCGACUCUGGUGGUUCGACAUCGGAGUCCGAGAAGAACUUUGAGACGCAACCUUUGGGCAAUGCGAAAGAUUUAAAAUUGCAAUUUGGCAAGGAAAACUCCACACAAGUGACGGAGAAGUUGCAGAGUCCAAUCAAGUCCAGAGCGCUGGUUGAGGAUGCCAGUUUCGAUGCAGCGCAGAAAUAUUUUGUGGAAAGUGGUAUUCUAGGUCCAAUCAACACAGCCAGUCCGCUGAUCAGGAAGACUUCAAAAAUUUUGCAGGAUGCAAAUGUGCAUGAGCAGAUUCGUAAAACGUCGAUGAUAUUGCGUGCCAACGGCGGCAUUAACAGCGCCAAUAACGCGAACAUAAGCAACGGCAACAGCAGCAGCAACAACAGCGGCACAUCAGCGACCACGACAACGCCAGCAACAGCGACGCCAAAGCUACACUCACCAACGUCACCGAAAUCGAAAGCACUGCUAUUGGCGCCCUCCUUGGCGGUGGUGCCCGUGGAGAAACCCAAAAUCCACACAAUCGAUGAGAACAGCUACAGCAAGCAUAAUAACUCUAACACACAGUAUAAUGUCUACAGCAUGGAGCGUCCCACACCAUUAACCUAUGCCAACAAUAACAACAACAGCAGCAGCAGCAAAAACACUAACGGCAUUAGUACACCACAAUCACCGCACACCAUGGCGACCACUUGUGGCUUCAGCCCCAAUGUGACGACAAAGAGUUGCCACGUCACCGACGAUCGCGAUGCCCAAAUUAAGAGUAUGCAAGGCGAAAUCGUCUCACUGAAGGAUGUCAUAAAGGCACGCGAAGCCGAAAUCGCCAAACUUCGCAGGGAAAUACACAAAUUGAAGAGCGUGCUCCAGCAAACGGCCAAUCCGCUACCCAUAGCCAUCGCGGAUCUACCGCCAUCGCCAACAACACUCGCGCCCUCGCCCAAUAAUUUCCUACUCGCCAGUCCGCAUCAAAUCUGCACAGUCUGCAAGAAGCAGUUCGAGGCAGACGGCAAUUCGAAUCCGCGCAUUGGACAACUCACGCCGGAGAAUAGCAACUCAGUUGAGUCGAAUAGCAGUGAUGCAACUAGCGCCGGUAACACCACUGUAGCCUGUGCACUGGCCAAUAAUGCCAGCAAUGGCGUCAACAAUCAGCCGGUGGAGAUCGCCUUGGAUGCGGCUGCCGCACAAACGGCUACCGAGGCGGCGACCACCGCGCUCACCAGCAACGGGCUGAAGGUGCACCAACAGGCGCCAGUGCUCAAGAAACAGGGUGUCUCCGGUGAGAGUUGUGAGACGUCGAUGCAGCAAUCGAUUAACAUACCAAUACCGAAAUUCGAGAAGGAUUUCAGCUCCAAGCAACUCAUCAAAGACGCCAUUAUGGAUAAUGAUUUCCUCAAGAACAUCGAUGCGUCUCAAGUGCGCGAGUUGGUAGAAUCCAUGUAUCCACUCUCGAUCGCUAAGGGUGAAUUUGUGGUGCGCGAGGGUGAGGUAGGCGCGCAUCUCUACGUUUCGGCCGAAGGUGAAUUCGAGGUGGUCAAAGGUGGCAUUGUAUUGAGUGUUAUGGGUCCCGGCAAAGCCUUCGGCGAGCUUGCCAUUCUCUAUAAUUGCACACGCACUGCAUCCAUACGCGUCUUGUCGGACUCACGUGUUUGGGUGCUCGAUCGGCGGGUCUUCCAACAGAUCAUGAUGCGUACUGGCAUACAACGCAUUGAAAACAGUGUGAAUUUCCUGAAGUCAGUGCCGCUACUAAAGAAUCUCAGCAUGGAGGUAUUGGCGAAAAUCGCCGAUGUGCUGGAAGUGGAAUUCUAUCCAGCCGGUACUUACAUCAUACGUCAAGGCGCCAGCGGUGACACUUUCUUCCUCAUCUCCCAAGGUAGCGUUAAGGUUACACAAAAACUAACGCCCACCUCGGAAGAGAAGGAGAUACGUACACUGGAACGUGGCGACUACUUUGGUGAGCAGGCUCUCAUCAAUGAAGAUAAACGGACAGCGAACAUUAUCGCUAUGGCGCCGGGCGUUGAGUGUCUGACGUUGGAUCGUGACUCUUUCACACAACUAAUUGGUGAUUUAUGCGAGUUGAAGGAGAAGAAUUAUGGCGAUGAGAAUCGUGUGUUGGCCAUGAAGUAUGCUGAGAAGACGAAGGAGAUUUUCGGCGCUAAUGUUAAGCAAGAGUUCCCUGACAUGAAGCUCACCGAUUUAGAGGUUGUCGCCACACUCGGCAUUGGCGGUUUCGGACGUGUUGAGCUUGUCAAAGCCUAUCGCGAGAACAGCGUUGAUACCUUUGCACUCAAAUGCCUGAAGAAGAAGCAUAUUGUCGAUACAAAACAGGAAGAGCAUGUCUUCAGUGAACGCACUAUAAUGCUAACCUGCGAUUCACCUUUCAUUUGUCGUCUGUAUCGCACAUUCCGUGAUGAGAAGUAUGUGUACAUGCUGCUGGAAGCCUGCAUGGGCGGCGAAAUUUGGACGAUGUUGCGCGAUCGCGGCUGUUUCGACGAUAACGCAACACAGUUCAUCAUCGGCUGCGUUUUGCAGGCAUUCGAGUAUUUGCAUGCACGUGGUAUUAUCUACAGAGAUCUCAAGCCAGAGAAUCUAAUGUUGGACGAGAGAGGUUAUGUGAAGUUGGUGGACUUUGGUUUUGCAAAAUAUAUUGGCAAUAGCAGCAAGACCUGGACAUUCUGCGGUACACCUGAGUACGUGGCGCCAGAAAUUAUUCUAAACAAGGGACACGAUCGUGCGGUCGACUAUUGGGCUCUGGGUAUACUCAUACAUGAGUUGCUCAAUGGCACUCCGCCCUUUACCGCCACUGAUCCCAUGAAGACGUACAAUAUCAUUCUGAAAGGUAUUGAUAUGAUAGACUUCCCGAAGCACAUGUCCAGAUCGGCUGUUCAGCUGAUUAAGAAACUAUGCCGCGAUGUGCCAGCUGAACGUUUGGGUUACCAAAAAGGCGGCAUACAGAAUAUCAAAAAGCACAAAUGGUUCCUCGGCUUUGAUUGGGACGGUCUCGAACAACAACUGCUUAUACCGCCAUUUGUGCGCCCCAUUGCCCAUCCAACGGAUACAACUUACUUUGAUAAAUUCCCCUGUGAUCCUGAGGAACCGCUAGAUGAAUUCUCCGGCUGGGAUGCGGAUUUCUAAAGGGUUCACAGCAAACGUUUAUGGAUCAACAAUGAGUGCCUUAUAGCAGCGGCGCUGCAUAUUUGCUCAAGUUAUACGUAUUGGUCACAUUCUUACCGUGAAAUUUGUCUUAAGUCUUUUUCUUAAAAGCAUUUCUUAAACAAAAUCGGCUUCAUGGACACUAAAGCGUACUUCAUAUAAAAAUAAUCUAAUGUAUUAGUAGUAGUAAGCAUCUUGCACAGCUCUAUAUAUAGUAAAGAACUUAGUGAUAAAGCAGUAGCUAUAUGUAAUACACACACACAUGCACAUAUGUGUGCCUAAAAUGUAACAGUAAAAAUAAAAUUUUUUUAGCUUUAAUUAUUAACACUAUUUGAAUAAUAUUUGCUCAAGUAUUUUGUAUGAAAAAUUGCAAUGAAAUUGUGUGCCUUGUUCUAUAAGUAAAUGAAAUUCAAUUAAUAGCAUAGUCUUCAGAGAAUCAUAACGGUUUUUAUAAGUUUUAACCGUUGCUAUUUUAUCAUACUCUCAUCAAAAUUUGUUAUAUAAUAUAUUUGUCUAUAUAUACUAAAUCAUAAUAAAUGUGAGUGUUUACUAA